AUGAAAUUCAUAAAUUUAUUAUCAACCUUGACUUCACUUUCAUUAAUUUCACAAACAUUAUCUGCUCCAAUUGACCAAAAAAGAGAUGAUUCAGGUGAUGAAGUCGUUGUUGUAAAACUUAAAACAACUAUACAAAAAACUCAAACAAAUACUCAUAUUGUAAAUGCUCCAACUUCAACUUAUACAAAUUAUAUUGUUAGCGCAAGUACAAAAACUGUAACUCAUUAUACUGCAACAGUAACUUCAACUAUUUGGGGAAUUGCUCAUACUUAUACAAGUGUUGCUACUACCCCAAUAUCUGCUGCUGAUGUUCAACCUAUUACUGAAAAUGAAGUUCACCCAUCAUCAUCAACUGAGGUUGCUCAACCAAUUACCACAACUGAGACUACAGAACAACAAAUAGAGACUACAAAUGCUGCAGCUGCUACUACUACAAGUUCAUCUACAAGUUCAUCAACUUCAAUUGCUGCUCAAGUAACUUCAAAAUCACCUGCUGCAAGUCCAUCAACAACUAAUGAAGUACCAGCUCCAACAACUACAUCAACAUCAUCAACUGGCUCAACAACCUCAACAACUAGCUCAACAACCUCAUCUUCUGCUACCACAUUGGUUGAACCAAGUACAUCAAAUAUUGCAGUUGCAGAAACUACAUCAACUUCAUUAGAACCAGCAAUUACAGUUUCAAAUGAUCAAUCAGAUGGUCCAACAAUUACAGCAGCUAAUUCAGUACCAACAUCAACUGAUUCUUGGAUAAUUGAAAAUGUCACAACUUUAACAUCAUCAGGAGUUUGUUAUAUAAAUUAUGAUUAUUAUUAUGCAAGUGAUGAUGCUGAAACUACUGUAACGCUGACUUCAACAAUUUAUGCUACUGUUACUCUUAAUUGA